GCACACACAUGCGUUGCGUGUUAACUCGAUCGGUAGUGGAAUACGUUAUCAAUUAGUUGAAAAUUUUUUAUUUCGAUAUUUGUUAAAUGUUAUGUUAUAAAUAUUUUUUAAUUAAAAUUUAACAUAUAAAUAAAUACAUUUUUUAUUUUAAAAAUUAGUGUAUCAUUGUUUUAUUAGCUUAUAGUUAUUGUUUUUAAUCAGCAGUAGUAAUUGAUAAUAUACUUCUAUAACGCCCAAAUAUUGAUUUCCAGUUGUAGACCAGGAAAAAAGCGAUAAAAUUCUAGUUCAAUUUUGAACAGGGUCAAGUAUAAUAUUCAUUAGACAUUGCUUAAGAUAAGUCAAUGCCAAUACUAAGUACAGAGUGUGGACUAAGGAGACCAAGAGUCAGAGGGACACAAAAAUUAUAGUGAUUCUGUCCGUUCUAAAAAAUGUUUGCAUAGCUUCAAAAAAAUCUGAAGAAUUUUAUAACACCCCUAUAGAUUUUGUUUAAAAGAUAAUGGGUGAAAGACGUGGUACUAAAGCAUUGGAGUUAUGGUGUAGACGGGUAACUCAAGGAUACGACGGUGUAUCAAUAGAAAAUAUGUCAACGUCUUGGAAGGAUGGGCUAGCUUUUUGUGCACUUAUUCAUCAUUUUAGGCCAGAUUUAAUUGACUAUGACAGUUUAGAUAAAAAAGAUGUUUACGGCAACAAUGAAUUGGCAUUUAGGAUUGCUGAAAAUCACUUAGGAAUUCCAGCACUUUUAGACCCAGAAGAUAUGGCUUGUGUUGAAGUACCAGAUAGAUUGUCAAUUCUCACAUACUUGUCACAGUUUUACCAAACUUUCUCGUCACAAGCCACGACACCCGUCAAAACUUCACCGGAUUCGCCUAUCACGGUUGAACGACCUAGGACAAAUCCAGGAUCCGGUCAAAAUCCUCCUACUAAGUUAGGUGCAGGCGUUGGCGGUUGUAAAAUUUGCAACCAGUCCGUGUUCCUUGCCCAACGUCUGCUCAUUUCUGGCCACUUAUUCCACCGAACGUGUUUCAAGUGUGCCCGUUGCGGUGCCUUACUUAGUGUGGCUAACUACUACGAGACCCAAGACGGUAAGUAUUGCUGCGAAACGUGUCCGGACGAAGAACGUACAGCAGCGGCCUCUAAUGGGGCCGUUGCCAUUACAUCCAAUGAUCAUGGGCAUCAAGGGUCUCUAGUGGGAAAUCGCAGGGCGCUGUUUGAGACACUGGCAUCGUCUGUAGAUUGUACUGAUGACGUGAAAGCGUCAAAAAAAAUGCAGCGACCGGUCACUCUCAAUAUGCCUCACCAAAAUCAAUCAGAAUUUCUGCAGCCGAACGUCACAGCUAAGGAAGCGGUCACGAUUUUGACUGUAGUCAAUACUAGUGACGAUAACGAUAGUGGAGUUAUGGUUGGUGAUAAAAAAGAAAUUGAUGCUGUCGAUAAUAAAUUGUCUGUUAGCAUUUGCGGAAGUCAUGAAAGCCUUUCAGAUCCCAUCUUUGAUGAACCAAAAAAGGAAAAUUUGGCUACUAUUAUUGCUGAAGUUGUUAAUGAAAAAAAAGAUGACGACUUUGUUGUUAUAGUAGAACCAAUUGAAUUGUCGAUUUCUCAUCAAUCUACCAAUGAAGUCCUCGAAACGAACAAUUUAAAUUUAACCUCUUUACCUGAUGACUUAGAAGUAGAAUUAAAGAAAGAAAUUGAUGAAUCUGAAUUGUCCGCAAAUAAUUCAUUGAAUAACAUUCAACAUUCUUUGUUACCAGACGACUUAAAACAAAAGGCUCUCCUUGAACAAUCUCCCGAUGAAUCUCAUCAUAAACAAUUAGCCGAGUCUCCAGAAGAACUGGAAAUUAAGACUUUGACCAAUAAGUUACUUAAAAUGGAUUUCUAUGAGAGCAGCAACAAGGAGAUGCUGCCAGUUCCUAGUCCUAGAAGGAGAGUAAUAUCUCCAUCAAUCAGUACUACUAAUUAUUAUCCUGAUAACCUGAAUCCAUUUGAUGAUGACGAAAAUGAUGAAAAUAACAUAGACACCCAUAAAGAUAAACAUAACACUAGCACAAAUCCUUUUGGGUCUGAUUUAGAAGAUGAUGAUGAUGAUGAUAAACCAGUGAUUAAAGUAUCUAGUUUAAAUCCAUUUUCCAGUGAUGAAGAUGAAAACAUAACUGAAACUCAACCUCCUCAAACAAAACCUAGAACGGUGUUAUCUCCAGUGGUAAAACCUCAUAAUAAAACCCAUCGGAAACAUAGUAGUGCCUCAAGUAUAUCAUCUUACUCGACCACUCCUCGUAAGAAAAAACCUGCUCCCCCACCACCUGUAUCAGCUAGACCAUCAAUUGGAAGUGUGGAUUACACAAAUAGUAAUAUGCAUCGUGUGUCUUCCCCUAACAGUUAUGAAGAUUCUAGCUGUAGUGGAAGUGAACCCUCUUAUUCUACUACAAGUAAUAGUGAUAGAUAUAAAAUGCACAAGAGUACACAUGGAAAGUGGAAACGAAAAAAAGGCCCUGCUCCUCAGUGCCCAAUACCACAAAGGAGACGUAUAAAGCCAAUGCCUAUUGCUAAUAUAAAACAAGAAUUAUUGGACAUUGAAAUAAAACAACAAGAAUUAGAAAGGCAAGGAGUUAAAUUAGAAAAAGAUAUAAGACUUAAAUGUAACGAAGAUUUGAACAAUGUUGAUGUAGAAGAAAUGGUGUUGCAGUUAUUUGAGUUAGUUAAUGAAAAGAAUGAGCUGUUCAGAAAGCAUGCUGAAUUAAUGUACUUGAGAAGACAAAAUAAUUUAGAAGAAGAACAUGCUGAGUUGGAGUAUCAAAUACGAGUAUUAAUGACAAAACCUGAUCAUACUAAAACUGACACUGAAAAAGCACGAGAAGAAGAACUUAUACACCGACUAGUAGAAGUUGUAGAGAGACGCAAUGAAAUAGUAGACAGUUUGGAGAAAGAUCGACUUCGAGAAGCUGAAGAAGAUCGCAGUGUUUUUAACCAAAUUGGAACUUUUGCUCAAGAUGAAACAUUGCCAUGUAAAAAAACUGAAGAUUUAUCAAUUGUGGAUGGCAAAAAAACAUUUUCUAGAAGAAUUCUGAAGAAUAUUAAAAUGAUGAAAUCAAAAAAAGAUAAAGACUCUAAGAAUGUAUCACUUUCUCAAUCACCAUCUAUAUCAUCACAUAGCAAAGGUACACUCAAAAAGUUUAUAUCACUGGGACAUUCAUCAAAAAAAACGUUUAGAUCAAAGUUAAGUUAAAACACUUGGCAACUAUUUUUGUUUGUAAAUAAACUUAUUUUAAGACAUUAAAAUCUCAAGAAAUUAUAUUGUGUCACAAUUAAAAUUACAUCAAGCUAUUAUUAUCUUGUAUAUGUAUAUUUUGAUCUAUCAAUUAACAUAUCUUUACAAAAUAUUAAAAUAAUAUGAUAUAACAUAACUUCUACCAUGUUUAUUCUGUUAAAUUAUUUUUAUAAUUUAUUGUUAAUCAUUUAUAUCUUUCUAUUAAAUACAAAUUAAUGUUGUUUUAUGACAUUAAUGCUCGCUAAACAGAAAUUUGUAUGAAAUUAUGCUUAUGUAAUGCCAUUUAUAUUUUU